CCCGAGACUAGCGCAUGCGCAAUAGCUAUGCGGAAGCUACGGUCGGAUCUCUGCGCGCGUGGUCGGCGGCUAUGGAGGUAACUAAGCGUGCAGACGCCGAGGCAAGUACUGACACCGGAACAGAGCCCAACCCUCGAAAUCCAGUCUGCAGCCUCCGGCAUUUUGCUUGUGAACAGAACCUGCUGUCCCGGCCGGAUGGGUCUGCUUCUUUUCUGCAAGGUGACACCUCUGUCUUGGCUGGAGUGUACGGGCCGGCUGAGGUGAAGGUCAGCAAAGAAAUCUUCAACAAGGCCACACUCGAAGUGAUCCUGAGGCCGAAGAUCGGGCUGCCUGGCGUGGCCGAGAAGAGCCGGGAGCAGCUGAUCCGGAAUACAUGUGAAGCCGUGGUUCUGGGAGCCCUGCACCCCCGCACCUCAAUCACGGUGGUGCUGCAGGUGGUGAGCGAUGCUGGCUCUCUCUUGGCCUGUUGCCUGAAUGCUGCCUGCAUGGCAUUGGUGGACGCAGGUGUGCCCAUGCGGGCUCUCUUCUGUGGGGUCAGCUGUGCCCUGGACUCUGAUGGCAAUCUUGUGCUGGACCCCACAACCAAGCAAGAAAAGGAGGCCCGGGCCAUCCUGACCUUUGCUCUGGACAGUGUGGAGCAGAAGCUGCUGAUGUCCACCACCAAGGGGCUCUAUUCUGAUGCCGAGCUCCAGCAGUGCCUGGCUGCUGCCCAGGCUGCCUCACACCACAUCUUCCGCUUCUACCGGGAAUCACUGCAGAGGCGCUACUCUAAGAGCUGAGACAAGACAGGGCAGGGCGCCCCGCCACCACGCCCACUGCCUCCAGCUGCCACAGGCCAGCACCCCAGCUUGCCUCUCUCUGUGCCCAUGUGGCUUCCAGUCCUACAGCAGCAGGGGCUCCUGUGCCAGACUGGGGAGGAGGCUUAGGGACAUUUCCAAGCCUGGUCACAACCCUCCCCUCAACAGGACACCAUUAAAGGGAGCUCACCUGUGUUGAGUGAAUGAGUCAAUAGCCACUGA